CAUCAAAGUCCUUGUCCUCCAUUGUCGAUCAGAAACCUUCUUCACCAAACGUAUGAUCAGUGAUCAUACUACCAUGACUGCAACUACCGACCACCAGUGGAUGAUGCAGUUAUACCAGCAAAGUCCUGAUGAUGAUACUUAUGAUCAUCUUCUUCAGGAGGUUUCGGCCAUGGAAGGUUUUAUCUCUGAUGCUAAUACCGUCGCCACGACGACGUCGUCUUCUAGCCCUGGUCCCACCAGCCCAAAGGCCAUUAACAAUGGCUCCAGACCUAUACGAAGAAGGUCCAGAGCUUCUAAGAGGACCCCGACCACCCUCCUCACCGCCAACACCACCAACUUUAGGGCACUUGUUCAGCAGUUCACAGGUUGCCCUAGUAGUACGGCCAUGUCGUUCGAGGUCUAUAAGGGACCUAUCACCUUAAAUUUCCAACAAGGAAGACGACAAGUCGUUCAUCAUCAUAAUAACAAGUCAAGGACGGUUAAAACGGUGCCGCCUCCGGCGGCCACGGCAGCGCCGUUUGGAAACACGGGUUUCAAUAACGAAGGAGGUCGUCAUGUUCGUCAGUAUCAUCAGCAGCAGCAGAUAACUGUAGAUCAGCAACAAUGGCGGCAGCAAAGUGGUGAUGAUAAUUUAUUUGAUUAUAAUAACACUGACUUGUUUUCAAGUUUAAUUAAUAACUCAUCGUCCAAGCCUAGCAUGGAGAUAUCUGACGGGAUGAUCGUGGAUCAUAACUACAGUUUGAAUGACUUGACCGUGAAUAAUAAUGCCUUCUUCUCUCAUAGUAAUGAUGUGAUUCAGAAUGGUAAUUACAUUAUGUGAUACAGCAAAGUUAAGUUUUUUUUUUUUGGCCCAUUAGGGUUUAUCUUAAUACUUUUGUAGAUCUGUCGUCUCCUUUUCAUUUAUGUGAGAAUAAGAUAGAUGGAUAGAUAGACAGUCCCCUACCGUGUCAUCACAAGGAAUAACUCAUGGUGUUCAUUUUGUUUUUCAAUUCAAUUUCUUUCUUUGGUUUAUAACUAGUACAUGGAAACUAUAUUAUCUUUAUUGUAUUCCAAUCACAUGAUAUAUAUAUAUAUAUAUAGAGGAGGCGCUUUUUAUUA